AGAGAACAAAAGGGUUUUCCAUGAAAUGCGUUUCAUGGGAUACCAAGGGAAUAAAUACUGGAUUAUUUCCAAUGAUGUGCAUAUUGAGAAUGGUAAAGUGUUAGAUCCAAUUGAUCAUAAGUAUCUAAUAUUGGACAAGUCUUUAAAAAACCACCAAUUGCAAAUUAACGAAAGCUUACUGAACGAUUACGCAAAGUUGAAUCGUUCUGUUGCAAGGUUCAUACUACUUUUGCAAUGCUUGGGCCCUAAUAUGGACUCAUUUUUGCUGGCAACAGCAUUCACUGUGGCUCGGUUGCUGAGGAAUGCUCUCAAUCCUGAAGAUGUUUGGAAAGAGAGUUCUAUUGGCAUGAUAUUCUCCGAAGAAAGGAGCAUAGGGAAAUCGGAGAGUCUAAAUCUCCUUGCUCGGGGUGUUGGAAUUCCCAAUGGAUCGCACGUAAUGUUACUAAGUGGUGGAGACUCCCAGACAUGUGGGACAUCUACAAAGAAAAUGCAAGAGAUAGCAUCGAGAACGACUGGGGUUAAAUGA